UAAGAGAAAAAUCUGGAAUCAGGUGUAAUAUUAUUUUAUUAAGAGGACGUACUCUGAAGAAAAACGAGAAAAUAAUCUGCCAAAUUUGUUUAUACAUUUUCACUCAACUCAGAUUUCUAACCCGAAACACGCACAGAUAAAUUUCGAGAAAUUAGUCUGUUUUAUUAUAAGUUCACAAAGAAGGAAUCCCAAAAUAUUACUGAUUGAAAAGAUCUCCACAAUUUAUUGCCUUUUCGGGAAAUUCGAGCAAAUGGGUUAUUCUAGAAGAUCGGAAAUUGGUAUCUUUCUGGUGCUUCUGUCAAUUUUUGCUGAAUCAGUGGUGGGUCGGUUUGUGGUGGAAAAGAACAGCUUAAGGGUGACGUCACCGGACAGCAUCAAGGGUACACAUGACAGUGCAAUUGGGAACUUUGGGAUUCCACAGUAUGGAGGUAGCAUGGCAGGGACUGUGAUGUACCCGAAGGAAAAUAGAAAGGGCUGCAAGAAUUUUGAUGAUUUUAGGAUUUCAUUCAAGUCAAAGCCUGGAGCUUUGCCGUUCUUUGUCCUUGUUGACCGUGGAGAUUGCUUUUUCGCUCUAAAGGUUUGGAAUGCCCAGAAUGCUGGUGCUGCUGCAGUUCUAGUGGCUGAUGAUGUUGAGGAAGCAUUAAUAACCAUGGACUCACCUGAAGAGGAUCAUGCAUCUGCAAAGUAUAUCGCGAACAUAACAAUACCUUCAGCACUGAUCGAGAAAAGUUUUGGUGAAAAUUUAAAGAAAGCAAUCAGCGGAGGUGAUAUGGUAAAUGUGAAUCUAGAUUGGAGAGAGUCUGUCCCACACCCAGAUGAUCGGGUGGAGUAUGAACUAUGGACUAAUAGCAAUGACGAGUGUGGAGUUAAGUGUGAUAUGUUGAUGGAGUUUGUUAAGGAUUUUAAGGGUGCAGCCCAAAUUCUUGAGAAAGGUGGUUAUACUCAGUUUACUCCUCAUUAUAUAACUUGGUACUGCCCACAGGCAUUCACCAUAAGCAAACAGUGUAAGUCCCAAUGUAUCAACCAUGGAAGAUAUUGUGCUCCGGACCCCGAACAAGAUUUCAGCUCUGGUUAUGAGGGAAAAGAUGUAGUUCUUGAGAACUUGAGGCAGCUCUGUGUGUUUAAAGUGGCUAGUGAGAAUAAAAAGCCAUGGGUUUGGUGGGAUUAUGCUACUGAUUUUCAAAUAAGAUGCCCCAUGAAGGAAAAGAAAUACAACAAAGAAUGUGCUGAGGGUGUUAUCAGAUCCUUAGGACUUGAUCUGAAAAAGAUCGAAAAGUGCAUGGGUGAUCCUAGUACUGACUCAGACAAUCCUGUUCUGAAAGAGGAGCAAGAUGCUCAGAUUGGGAAAGGAUCUCGUGGUGAUGUAACCAUAUUGCCCACCCUCGUUGUCAAUAAUCGUCAAUAUCGAGGGAAGUUGGAGAAAGGAGCUGUUUUAAAGGCUAUUUGUGCUGGUUUUGAGGAAACUACAGAGCCAUCUGUUUGUUUGGGUGGCGAUGUUGAAACAAAUGAGUGCUUGGAGAACAAUGGAGGCUGCUGGGUAGACAAGACAUCUAAUAUUACAGCUUGCAAGGACACAUUUCGAGGAAGAGUGUGUGAGUGCCCUGUGGUAAAUGGUGUGCGGUUUAAGGGGGAUGGUUACAGCUUUUGUACUGGUAGUGGUCCUGGACGGUGCAAAAUCAAUAAUGGUGGCUGUUGGCAUGAAACCCGAAAUGAAAUUACUUUCUCUGCCUGCAUCGAUAAUGAAGAAAGAAAAUGCACAUGUCCUCCUGGAUUUAAAGGCGACGGUAUUAAAACUUGUGGAGAUAUUGAUGAAUGUAAGGAAAAGAAAGCCUGCCAGUGCCCUGAAUGCAGCUGCAAGAAUACAUGGGGCAGUUAUGAUUGCUCUUGUAGCGGGGACCUGUUGUAUAUCCGGGACCAUGAUACCUGCAUAAGUAAGAGAGCUACUGAAGUAAAAUCUGCUUGGGUUGCUGUUUGGGUUAUUUUGAUUGGAUUGGCAAUGGCUGGUGGUGGGGGGUAUCUCGUAUAUAAAUAUAGAUUGAGGUCAUACAUGGACUCGGAAAUCAGGGCUAUAAUGGCACAAUACAUGCCUCUAGACAGUCAAAGUGAAGUUCCAAAUCAUGUUAGCGACGAUCGUGCUUAAAAGCGAAGCUCCAUUGUUAUUCUUCUGUGAGAGUUGCACGGGGAUUCGUACACCUUCCCCUUGUGUCUCCAACGAAGGUUUUGAAGGUAAAAUUAUGUAUCUUUGUAAAAUUUGUUGGAAAAUAAUUGAAAUGAGAGAUCAUAUUUUCCUGACAUGUCUUUCAAGACGUAACGUGUGCUUACGUUUGUGUGUUGGGGAACAGUAAAAAGAAGGUUUAGGUCGAAUUAUGUAACUUUAACAUGUGAUGGAUCUUCCUGGAUGUAUGGAAAGUCUAAAUUAUUAGAUAGAAUUAGUAGAAAGCUUGGUUCCAAUGGAUAUUUAUCGUUGCUUCAGUGCCAUGCCCUUUCUUUCUUUCUUUCCUUUUUUUUUACGGCUUUCAUGUAAUUUUGGAAUGAUCCGGAAACGAAUUGAAUCUGUGAAAAUAUUUAUCCUGCA